AUUUGUGGCCUACUUUAGAAAUUAUUGGACAAAUUUGGCCCGAGAGACGGUUUGACUGUCAGAAUUAACGGUCAACUAUUUUUCCAUUACUGACUCAGCAUUUGCCACUGACUGGGCUUGUCCACAUCAUUUACAAAUUAAAUAAAAUAACACAAAUAAUAAUAACAAAUGAAAAAACUGAAUUACAGAGAAGGGGUCACGUUGACCACUAGCUCUUCCCCUUAUUCACUCCAUCGUUUCUCCUUCCCCCAGUCGUUCCCGAGCGGCCGACGAUUCUUCCGCCUCUCCUUCUUCUUCGCCAGCUCCAAUCAUCACCGCCCUCACCUUGGGGUCAACCGCCAAGUACUGACCAGGAACUAUCCUCCUGCAUCUGGACUUCCCAAAUGUCUCCGGGUGAACUUUAUCAAACACACUCUUCUCCUUGUCGUAUUUCAAAAUCACAAUCCUCCCGGAAUCGGAACUAGCGACGAUUUAAUCCUUCUGAGAUCCAGUAAGUCUGAAUUGAGCCAAAGAGCGAAUAGCACCGAAUAUUUCGAUGAAAAGAAUGAUUUGGAGCCUACCGAUGUUGUCGGGACGGAGGAGAUCGAGAAGCUUUCCCCGCGCAAUGACGAUCUCUUGGAACUUCCUGCCAGAGAAGCUUUCGUUAAUGGCGGCCACCACACCGAUGGGUCGCUGAGGUGUUAAUCGGUGGGCAAGUGGAAGAAAAUGGGAGGGGUGGGUUUUGAUUUGCUUUGCCGCAGAAAGCAAGGCAGGGCUAGCAGCGGCGGGGGAAAAUGGGAGUUGGAGGUGGCGGCGGGUGAAAGUGGGAGGUGGAGGUGGUCGCAGGGAUGGGUGGGUGGUAGGGUUGAAAAUGGAAUGGGGGAUUAAGUGGGCUCCAAAUUAAUUUAAUUGUUUUUCCUUUUUUUUCAUUUUAACAUAAAAAAAUUAUGUGCAAAUGAUGUGGCAGCCAUGUUAGUGCCACAUCAGCACUGAAUGCUGAGUAACUAACGGAAUAAAUGUUUGACCGUCAGUUUUAACGGUCAACAUAAUUUUCGGGCCAAAUUUGUCUAAUAAUUUCAAAAGUGGGUCAUAAAUGUCUUAUUUGAAAAAUGAGGCCAAAACUGUCACUAACGCUAAACUUCGGGCCAAACUAGGGUAUUAACCCAAGAAAAUAACAGAAAACAAGCAAAACAGAAAGAAAAGGGGUUCCAACCAUCCUUAAGCAGAAAAUAGAGCACCUUGAAAAAUGUGAGUCCAUGAUCUGUUGUUUUUGAGAAUCUCUUCAUCCCCAAUUCAUUUGUUCUCUGUUCACUAUUUGCCAUGAUGCCGACUCGCCGAAGAAGUUAUGAGAUGACUUGUGCGUCGGUUGACCUCGUAAGUUGCUAAAUGAUCUAGGAAGUCCUCUACCUACGAUCUGGGUUGUUUGUUGCUAUAGAGGUCUGGAGAGUUGCAUUGGUUUGAGUUAGGUUUGCUUGGGGACAAGCAAACGGUUAAGUGUGGGGGAGUUUGAUAGACCGUUAGUUACACAUGUUUUCACCCCUGUUCUUACACCGUUUGAGAGGUGGUUUCUCGUGUUUUAGACCGAUUUCACGCUAGGUUGUGCUUGUUUGUGAUAUUUCAGGUCCUGGCAAGUGAAUGAAGGUUUAGGAGCGAGUUCGGGGUCGAUUGGGUGAAGAUCGGGCACGCGGCAAGUCACAAAGGAGGUCACACGGGCUGCCCUGAUGUUCACACGGCCGUGUGAAGUAAUGGCCUGGCCGUUAUAGGUGUCAAUCAGGCGGGUUCGGGCGGGUUCGGGCUGGGUUCAAUCGGGUUCGGGUUCAAACGGGUUGCGGGUUAGUCGGGUUGCGGGUUCAUCGGGUUCGGGUUCAUCGGGUUCGGGUUCAAACGGGUUGCGGGUUCAUCGGGUUCGGAUUCAAUCGGGUUGCGGGCAAAUCGGGUUGCGGGUUCAUCGGGUUUUGGGUCGGGCGGGUUGCGGGCGGGUCGGGUUUCGGGUUGUUCGGGCCAGCGCAUCAAGUAACUUAACUCAUUACUCAUUACCAACUUACACAUUUUAUUACACUAAUUUAAAAUAUUUUCUCAACUUUUUAACCAAUUUAUUUCUACCUCGUAUAUAUAUACUUUAUUUUUUUGAAAAAAACUAGUCAAAAUUUUAAAUCAAUUUGUAUGACUUGCAAACUUGUUAUGUAAUUAAUCAUAAUUGGUAAAGUAUUAUAGCUAAUAGUAAUGGUGAUAUCAAUAUUUGCAACCAAAAGACAGCGUUAACUGUUUAUUUGAUAUUUUAGUAUUAAUUCUGUAGUAAUUGAAUUAAAGUAUCUCGUUUAGAAUAACCAUGCAAAUCUGGUAUUUGGCGUGUGGUAAUUGGCAAAAGCAUAGUGAUAAAAGGAGUUAUUUUAAAAUAACUCAUUGCCCAAAUAACUUCAGUAAACUGUUGCCAAACGAGUUAUUUGUAAAAUUGUUCGAAUUAUCCCAAAAAUUGAACCAUUAAAGAUUAGCUAUCAAA